AUGCUGGAUUCCUAUAACCCUGGCUCUAUAUCAGUGUCAACCAUUCGUGCCUUAACUGGACAUUUCCCUGCGGGGACAUCUUUCAGGGUUAUGGCAUGGUUCAGCCUAGUUUUAAAUAAGGAGGAAUUCCAGAAUUUCGAUUACGGCCCUGUGAUGAACAUGAAAAUUUACGGUAGAAAGCAGCCUACAACUUAUAACUGUAACGCUACUACGGCGCCUGUAGUGAUCAUUCAUGGUGAGAAUGAUAAUAUUGUAUCCAAAAAGGACGUGGAAUGGUUAAAAGGUCAGUUACCGAAUGUGCUUGAAGUGGUAUACGUUAAAAACCCACUGUGGAAUCACUUCGACGUGCCGUAUAGUCAACAUACAAGAGAAAUGUUAUACCCUAAGAUAGGCGAAUAUUUGUUCAAAUACAGUGGUCAUGGUGCUGAAUAA